ACUGGACAGCGAUUGGGUGCUAGUCGGACGGUGAAGCAUUUUAAUCAUAAAUUUUCUGCACAAAUUCGGUACCCUGGGUGGACAAUAUCUGCACCAACGGAAUCCUGAAUACUUCCGCCGAGUAGCGAAGACAGUGUUGGACCACCGCGGGAAUGCGUACGUGCGGCAAUCGGUGAUCAUUUUCUAGUGUUUAGGCUUUUUCGGGUCCCGAGACGACGACGAGAGGAAAAAGUUCCACAUCAAAAUCUCUUCCACCAAGAAGAUUCCUUCUCGAGGGUCGAAGUGUACGUGUGUAUGUGUGCGAGUUAGUGAGUGCGCGAUUGAUGUGCUUUAUGGAAUGAAUGUACAACACUCUUCAGUGCGUUAUUAUUCAUGUUUGUAAUGUGAAUGUGCUUCGCCAUCAAAACAGCAGGAAAUAAACAUUGUUCGUGGCCGAAAAGUAGAUCGAAGCUUCUCUGUUGAGUAAGAGUGAUGUGAAGCAACCAUGUCCAGUGCCGGGAAUGAAAAGAAUGAUGCUUUCUGGACAGCGGAACAUGGCCAUCCACCGCAGAACCAGCAUCAGCAGCAGUUUAUCGUACAGGAUGGUUCCGUUCCAGCUGCUUCCAAUAGUUACUACCAUCCGAAUGCAACCGGUGAUCCCCACGGGAUGAGCUAUGGUCAUCCACCAGCGGGAGAUAAUUUCACCGUUCUGUCGGAUGGUUUCGGUAACUUCAUCAAAGUCUACCAUCAACCAAGCGAGGAUGUGGUUAAUUUGAAUAACCCUGCUGGGAAGUACGAAUAUGAGCUGUUUUCGAGCAAUAACAGCUUCAUGCGUCCUGCUCCAGGGUUUGGAUUUUUGUUCCAACCCCAACAGCAACAGCAACCGCAACCGUCAGUUCCGCAAUCUUCGAAUGCUUCCCAUGCACAGCAGAAUGCCCAAUCGGAAACAACCGGAACCAACACCAGUAUGUUGAUCAAUCAGUUGGUCGGAAACUGGGCUCCUACCAUCUCCGGAACAUACUCUCCCUUUGGUGGAGGAGGGCCAUCCUUGCUUGCUGAAGGGCUUCCUAGGUCUUCCGAAGUUUACGUUCAACCACAACAGCAGCAGCAAACUGCACAACCCUCGCAGCAACAGCACGUUCAUCUACAGCAACAGCAACAACAACAACCAUCUCCCGAGGAUCAACCAACUGGCGCCGUCAGUGGUACCUCCAACUCCUCAGCGAAUCUUUCUCAACCGCAGCCUCAACAGCAGCAAUCCUCGUCGGCUAAUGUGUCUGCGACGGCUAGCUACAACAGCCAGCUGAAUGAUGACAACAGUGCUAAACUCAACCAGAAUGUGAAGAAGCAACGCAUCGUGGCCGAAGUGAAACCGAUGCGAAUGUCCUAUUCCGAUGUGCUGAGCAAGAAUGUUGCAUCUGCAUCGACUACUCACUCGUCGUCCUCGUCUUCUGCGAACUCAAAUAUGAACGGUGGUAGCACUACCAGUAGUACUGCCAACAAUAGCAACAUUUCCUCUAGCAAGAUGAACCCGUCAAGCAAUGCAAUGUAUUCCGGUGGCAAUGGCCAUUCCUCCGGUGGCGGAAGUAAAUCUAGCAAGGGAGAUAAAGGACAGAAUAAGAAGACUUCGAUGCAACAGCCAGGAUCGUCGAUGCCGGAUGAUAAAUCCGGUAGGAAGCUUGAGCGGAAUGCCGGUUCUGGUGUUCAGAAGAAGGUGGCCAAUUUGAACGGCUCGAACUCGUCCGCUAGCUAUCAUUAUGCGGAAAAUUUGACUGGUUAUAAGCAAAAUAUGGCGACACAAAAUGGCACUGAGAAGACUGCUAGGAAAAUGGACAAACCAGCUGGAAAGGUUACAAAGGCAAGGUCUAAUGAAUCGGUCGGUUCAAACGGCGCAGGUCGCAAGAAUCGCUCGCGGAACUUUAGCGAUGAGUACACAAUUCAGGACGUUCAAGGAGGUGGAUCAUCGAACAAGGAACCUACACGAGAAGAUACGGAAGAUAUGGAAGAUGACGAAGACGACGACGAUGAUGAUGAUGAUGAAGAGGAUGACGAAGACUUUGAAGAGUAUGAAGAUGAGUCCCCGCAACAGCAACAAUCGUUCAUGUAUAACGUUAAGAAGAAUAACAACCCCAACGAUACUCAUAUCGAGAAGAUCUCUGGUUCACGAGCGGCAUAUAAACGUGGAGGACGAGGCUCCGGAGUGGGUCGCGUUAAGGUGGAUAAGUCGUACCAGCAAGCUAGUGGAAAACGAGGACAACGACCACGGAAGAACCAAAAGUAUGUGAUGGUUCAGAAGAUUCUGAACACUUGGUUCGAAUUUAUGGUAUUUGUCGUGACUUGGCUAUGGUCAUUGGUAAGCGAUGUGGUUUAUCUUAGCUUGAGGCUUUGCUGGGAUUAUCUUGUAGCUGGAUAUCAGUACUGCGAGCAGCAUGUUGUCAGUAUGAAACAGGAGUUCCAACAGAAUCGACCGGGAGCGUGGUUCAAAGGCGUGUGGCAAUCUUUCGACAAUCGUUUCGCCAAGGACUCCAAAUGGGCUUUCUGGCGUGGUAAGAAGAAGCCGGCUCCCGUUGAAGAUCAAGCGAAUGCCGGUAAAAACUACUACAAAGACGGUAGGCUGCCAUCGACUGCGGACGAGGCGAUGUCUUCGCUGUUGAACUGUAAGGGCAAGGAUGCGUACAGUAUUCUCGGUGUAAGUCCGGACUGCUCGCAGGAGCAAAUUCGGAAGCACUACAAGAAGAUUGCUGUGCUGGUUCAUCCGGACAAGAACAAACAGCCAGGCGCGGAGGAGGCAUUUAAAGUGUUGCAGCGUUCGUUCGAGUUAAUUGGAGAACCGGAAAAUCGGAAAUCCUACGACCAGAGUCUCGCAGAAGCUCUCAACGCCGAAAAGGCAUGGUCGGAGAUUAACGAUUUGCUGACGCAGUUGCACACGAAAAUCUCAGAAGCCGCUAAUACUAUAAGAUGUAGCAGCUGCUGCCUCAGACAUCCACGCAAGCCGACCGGUCGACCCCACUACGCUGCCAGGGAGUGUAAUUCGUGCAAGAUUCGACAUUCCGCUCGCGAGGGUGACAUCUGGGCCGAGACGAGUUUCUUUGGACUGCGCUGGAAGUAUCUGGCCAUGAUGGAGGGCAACGUGUACGACAUUACUGAGUGGGCCAACUGCCAAAAGGGAGCUUUAUCGCACCUGCAACCCAACUCGCACAUCGUUCAGUAUCGGAUAGUGCUCGGUGGGAAUUCGCAACAACAGCAACAGCAGGGCAACCAGCAGCAAAGCGACAAAGAUCCGAGCCGUUCUCGGAAGGAUCCUCCGGCAAGUGAACAUAACUUGGACGACUUCCUGAACAAUAUCUACGGCGGUCAGAAUCAACAGCAGCAGCAGCAACAGUCCCAGAGUGGCUCACGACGGCGGCACCGUCGCAAUUGAAACUCCUUCGUUCUCGCGCAUCUCUCCGCUCCGUUUAGAACUAGAACCUACGCGUAGUAGCCAACGCAGUAGAGAUUAUCAACCAGUGUUUAAUAGUUUUUAAUUUUGCAUAGAGUGUAUUUCCUUCCUGAAGCAUCUUCGUACAUCUGCUUAUAAUCUAAUGAAGAAUUCGCUAAAUUGAAGAACAAUAGAAGCCAGUACAAAGCGGUUAUUGGACCCCCGAGAUGAUGAUAUAUUUCCCAUUUGCUAUCGAUACUCUGGAUAGAAAGAUUAAACUGUACCGAUGAGGGAAGAGAAGUAUAUAUUUAUGCAGUAUAGAACAACCACUAGCCGUGUAGUAGUAGUAGCAGUAGUAGUAGAUUUAGGCGUUGAGAUAUUUAUCAAACUAUUCUCAAACUAGUAAGGCAACACGAAGGGAGAGCCGUUUGUUCGAUAUCGAUUUAAAUCAUAAUAUCGCUGUAAUCCUAUCUUCAAAUGCUGAAAUAUAUCUA